ACCUUUAGCCGGGCGCACGUCAGUGAGCCCCGCGCUGUGAAGUGUGCGCCGCCGCAUACUAUCAGGCGGGCGGCUCACCGACGUGCGUCCGGCUAAAAAUCGGCGCUAAUUGACCAGAUUUUACUCAAUAAUAAUUCCUUUAUUACGCGUUAUAUAAAAAAAUGUUACAGGACUUUUCUGUUCAGUUUACUGUGCUCUAGCCGCUCACGAGCGUUGGCACAAUCUUUACCGGACACCCUGUAUAUAUGAAUAUCUGUUAGAUAUAUCUUCUGGUAUAUACAUAUACAUAUAGCGACAUGGCGACUUGUAUAUAUCGGUUUGUUGUCGAACCAGUCGAAUGCGACUGUCACAUUUUGAUCGGUUUUGACUGUAUUAUCUCGAAAAGUGAAUAAAGCAAAUCCAUUCUUUUACAACAUUUAAAAAUGACGACGCUCAGGCCUUUUACAUGCAACGAUUUAUUCAGAUUUAAUAACGUAAAUUUGGAUCCGCUCACAGAAACCUAUGGCCUUUCGUUUUAUAUGCAUUAUCUUGCACAUUGGCCAGAAUACAUUCAGGUAGCGGAGUCUCCGAGCGGUGAAAUUAUGGGUUACAUCAUGGGGAAAGCGGAAGGUCAUGGAGAAAAUUGGCAUGGUCAUGUAACAGCCCUCACGGUCUCUCCUGAUUACAGAAGACUGGGUCUUGCUGCGAUGCUAAUGAAGUUUCUUGAGGAAGUAUCGGAAAAGAAACAGGCCUAUUUCGUGGAUCUAUUUGUUAGAGUGAGUAAUAAAGUUGCAAUUACCAUGUAUCAACAAUUGGGAUACAUCGUGUACAGAACAGUAUUAGAGUACUAUAAUGGGGAUCCGGAUGAAGAUGCAUAUGACAUGAGGAAAGCACUGUCGAGAGAUGUUAAAAAGAAAUCUAUGAUUCCAUUAACACAUCCUGUGAGACCAGAAGAGGUAGACUGAAAUUUCAAUAGUUUCUAUGUGUAAUGCAGGAUGAAUAUCGUUCAAACUUCUUGUCUCUCUGAUUGCGCGAAACAGAUCGAAAAAUAAACUAAUGAGUAAAUCAUAUGAAACAUAUUUGUGCAUGUAGAAAUUAUUAUAAAUAUUGAGAAAUACAUGCCACUAAGAAUUUUUA